GGUAAAAUUAUCGAUAGACCAAUCAGCCUGUGUUGUUUGUGUUUGGAAUUGUGCAUGUUUCACCGGUUUCACUUCACGUUACUGAAACAAGUUGAGACUAUUAUAAUAUUAAAAUAGUUACACUGUUAAAAAUAUUUAUAAAGUAACAUGAGUGAAAACGUGGACCCUAAAAAUGUUAUAAAGGCCCGCGAAUUGUUGUAUCGUUUGAUGAUAAGCCAGUUAUUCUAUGAUGGUCAUCAGAGUCUUGCAGUUGGGUUGUCAGCUGUAGCUCAAGCUGAUCCACCAUGUCCUCCGUCAGAUCGUUUGCUACAUGUGGUUAUGGCAGGCCUUCAACAUGAACCAGAGCGUCAGGCAAAGCCUACACCUACCGGAACUCCCCAGGAAAAUUUACUCGGUCCUGGAUUAGACUUGGAGUAUGAAACAGAUGUACAGUCAACUGCUCCAGAACCAGCAUUGUAUGAAACAGCUUACGUGACAUCACACAAAGGGAAUUGUCGGGCUGGGGCUUUUAGUGUUGAUGGUCAACUGAUAGCUACAGGAAGUGUUGAUGCUUCCAUAAAAAUUUUAGAUGUCGACCGAAUGUUAGCUAAGUCUGCCCCUGAUGGCUUAGACCCUUCAGGAGAUUCUCAAGGCCAUCCUGUGAUUCGGACAUUGUAUGAUCAUCUUGAAGAAGUUACAUGUCUUGAAUUUCAUCCUCGGGAACCAGUUCUAGUGUCAGGCAGUAGGGACUUCACUAUUAAGUUAUUUGAUUACAGUAAAACAUCUGUUAAGAAAGCUUUCCGGACCAUUACAGAUGCUGAUCAAGUGCGCUGUAUGUCCUUUCAUCCAACUGGUGAUUAUUUGGUGGUAGGUACUAACCACCCUGUAAUUCGUCUUUAUGAUAUUACUACAGCUCAGUGUUUUGUAUGUAGUAUACCCAAUCAUCAACAUACUGCUGGGAUAACUUCUAUUAAGUUCUCACCAGAUGCAAAAAGUUUUGCUUCUGCUGGUAGAGAUGGGAGUAUUAAAAUUUGGGAUGGGGUGUCAAGUCGUUGUGUUAAUACUUUUAUGAAAGCUCACGAUGGGGCAGAAGUAUGUUCAGUAAGAUUCUCACGAAAUGGAAAGUAUUUGCUGUCCUCUGGCAAGGAUUCCCUAAUAAAGUUGUGGGAACUGUCCACAAGUCGUUGUCUCAUUGCAUACACGGGUGCUGGGACUACUGGAAAACAAGAACACAAGGCUCAAGCAGUGUUUAACCACACAGAAGAUUAUGUCCUUUUUCCUGAUGAAGCAACAACAUCUUUGUGUGCUUGGAAUUCACGAAAUGCUUCAAGAAAACAAUUACUGUCUCUGGGUCACAAUGGUCCUGUAAGACUCAUUGCUCAUUCACCAACAGCACCAGCAUUUCUUACAUGUUCUGAUGAUUUUAGAGCUCGAUUCUGGUUUAGAAGAAUGCCAAUGCAUUGACGAAAUGUAAUAGACUUUGUGAGAAGUAUGUCCAGCUGGAUAGUACAAUUGAAAUAUGUAUAUAUAUAUGCUACACAUAUGUAAAUAUUCUGGAGUAUUUUAUGAACAAUGAUCUUUUUCAAAAUAAUAAAAUUGAUAACAGAAUAUUGAAAGGUUUUCCAUCAUCUGCAGAAUGAUUUUCAAUGUAUUAUAAUUUUCAAGAGUAGUGUAUUUGAGGUAAAUUAACAAAAACUACACUUGUUAUAAAAUUUCAGGGCUUUGUGUUCAUGUAGAGUGAAAAAAUAGUCAUAUUUUUGUAUGUUUAUUGUCAAUUCGUAGUUAAACAGUACCAUUUGUAUGUGUUUUUUGUGAAGAGUAAAAUAUAUUUGCUAUGUCAAACAUUGUUUACAUGCAAAUAAAGAAAUAUGCUGAAUAAAUUGUUUAUUUUAACCCGAAAUAUU